AUGGAACAUCCUCAACUUCAUAUUCACCACCCGGAGGCUAACCACACCCACACAGCUAUCCUGCUGCACGGCCGCGGUAGUGAGGGCCCCGAGUUCGCCGAAGAGCUCUUCUCGUCGACAAUAUCCAGCGACAAAAACCUGACUGCCUGUCUCCCCGGCUGGCGAUGGGUGUUCCCCACUGCUGCUGAUCGAUGGAGCACAACGUUCCAGGAGGAAAUGUGUACUUGGUUUGAUGCUUAUUCGUUGGGCGACACACAAGAAAAACAAGAAUUACAAGCAGACGGAAUCAAAGAGUCGGCUACAUACAUCCUGGAUAUCCUGGAGAACGAGAUAGCUCUCCUUGGCGGGAAACACACCCAUGUAUAUAUCGGAGGCAUAAGCCAGGGAAUGGCUACCACCAUCUGGACAUUCCUCGGCGCAAUAGCGACAAGACGCAUCCAGGGACCGUUGGGAGGCGUGUUAGGGUUUUGUGGCUGGUUUCCAUUUGCGCAGCAGCUGGAAGACUUGCUCCAGAAAUCCGAACUUUCUGGUGAUGCUGGAAGUCCCCAGAUGCAGCGUCUAUUAUCCCGGUUCUUCUUUGAUACACUUGCCCACGAAGCGCCACAGCCGAGUCAACCACCAGACAUAUCACUUUUGUCAACCCCUGUGUUCUUGAGCCAUGGCACAGACGACGACUGGGUGUCUGUGGAACUGGGCCGGCAGGCAUCACGGGUUCUGCGGCAAGCGUUGCUUCAUGUUGAGUGGAAUGAGUUCACGGGGGCGGAGGGAGAUGGGCAUUGGAUCAAGGAGCCCGAGGGCUUUGAUCAGAUCCUUCAAUUCCUAGAGAGACCACCGCGAACGAGCUGA